UUGAGGAGCAAAGUCGAAGCUAAACGGGUUGAAGAGAAGAUACUUGCUGAAAUUGAGGAGGAAAAGAAAAGACCUCAGAGAGAAGAGGAGAAGAGGAAAGCUGCUGAAAAACAAGUCAAAGAGGAGAGGACUAGACUACUUGAGGAGAGCCAAGCAGCACUGAAAGAGGAAAAGAAAAAAGCACGAGAACAGAUACUAGCUCAAAGAGAGGAUGAGAUCAAGGCUAAAAAAAGAGAAGAAGAAAAGUUAGCAGCUCAGACAGAAAAGGAGAGAGAGUACUAUGCCAUUACGUCAACAGAAUCAGAGAGGAAAUCCAAAGACAGACAACUACGCUCCCCUUUACCUUCCCAACAAAGAAACAAUCCAUCAGGGCUCGAUUCAGCUGAGGAUUCAGGAUCCCAAACUAAACAUUAUAGGCCACAUGGCACUGCAUCUCCAGCUCCAUCUCUGCCCCGCUCCAACACCUCCUCUCCUGCCCUGGGAGCCAAGCCUUUAAUGUUCAGGGUGAAAGAUAACACCACCAGAGGUUCUUCUUUAACCAAAUCAGUCAAACCACGCUUCCAUAAGAACUUUGGAGAGGAUUUCCGAGUUGGUUCACCCAUGGAAAGAGGGUCAAUAAGAGGAGAGGAGGAGCAGGAGAUAAUGAGACACAGUGCUGUUCAUCCGGACAACAGACUUGCUGCAAUCAAAGAAUUCUCAACUCUUCAGCCAGCAUCUUCAUCACAGGAUUACUCAGCCCAUCUCCCACAGCACAGGCCUUACUCCAGGAGGAGCAUUGCUCUGGAUGAGGAUGACUCCCGCUCUGUCAUCAGCAACAUCUCAGAGGAUGUAGAGAGUUUUGCUACCAGUGCAGCAGACCUGGCAGAUUUACGAGGCCUGUAUGACUACGAGAGGCCAGAGUCAGCCUGUAGCUUCAGCAGUGAUGUGUCCCGUUCUUUGGGCAAGCCUCCAGCUGUUCCUCCAAAGAGUGAGAAAGCCUUGCGCAGGGCCAAAAGGUUGACUACUCGGAGAAUAAAGAAGGAGUUGGGCAAAGCUGCAACAGACAACCCUGCUGGAGUUGAGAAAACUCUUCAAGAAGUCUCCAGUAUUCUGCCCUCCUCCUCCAUUGAGGUAUGCUCCUCCAACUCCCAUGCUGUGGCUUCCCCUCAUUUUUCCUCACCCGUCUCCCUUGCUCAUGCUCCAGCAUUGGGGUCCAGCUUACCUUCUUCCUACACAGAGCAAUUGUCUCACUGCCCUGUCCAUGCUUCUCCUCAUGUCACUGGUCCCAUCUCCCUCCCAGCUGCUUCGCCUCAUGCUACUGCCCCUGUUACCCUCCCUGUUGCCUCGCCUCAUGCUUCUGGCCCUGCUUCCCAUGGUGCUCCUCCUAAAACAGUUGUUCAUGUUCCCUCUUCUCCCACUCUCCAUCCUGCCAACCAUCCAGCUCCAGUGACACAGUACCAUGUAGAGUCAAGCUAUCCCCAGUCCUACCCACUGACCCAGCGCAAGGUGCUGCAAGACCUUGGCUCUGGUCAGUAUUUCGUAGUGGACGUGCCUGUUCAAGUGAAAACAAAGACUUUCUUUGACCCAGAGACGGGAAAGUAUGUUCAGCUGAAUGUGCGUGAGUCUGGCCAGAGCACCUCCCGACCCCAGCCCAAGCAAACAUACCCACAGCCUCAGCUCCAAUCCCAAACACAGGUCAAGCCACAACAACAGCCCGUCUCUCAGGCCUCUCCAGCUGGCAAGCACUUUGCGCUUUAUAAAGGCUACCAUGGUUAUUCCCAAGGCUACCAACCUGCAGCUAUCAACUCUGUGCCCCCCCACAGGUCCUCAGCCCCUGUGACUCUCCAACAGGACCAACAGCCUGUCAGAGAGAACCACAGCUACGGAUACCCAGCCCCUGAAAUAAGACAGAACUCUGAAGGGCAUCGCUACAGCCCAGAGAAGACACCAUACAUGGACACAGUUAAUGAUACAGAGAAAACAUAUAACAGGGUUUACAACACACAUGGCUCAUAUGAGGCGUUCCCAGAGUGUGACACAAACAGCCAGCUUGCAGGAAGCUCAGUUUGUGAAAAUGAUAACUCAGCCCACUCACGAUAUCGGCCCCGUGAUAUAAUAACUAUGAGUGAACUGGAGGACUUUAUGGAGGUAUCUGACUGGUGAGAAUAAAGACUGAUAGCUUUGACUCAAAAGCAUUAAUUCAGCCAAGUAGCUAAAUAAAGUAUUUGAUAAAAUAAAUAUAUCCACAAGCACAGUACGAAUGGAUCAUCAUAUGCAGUAUUUGAAGCAUUUGUAAAUGAUUUUUUCCAGUGAAAAUAGUCUCAGAAUGUUUUCAGAUUGUAGUUUUAAAAAGUCCAUUCAAGAUACUGUUAAAUUGCUGUUGCUGAUUUUGGAAACUCACUGUUGAGCUAUUUAUUGUGUUACAGAGAAGUUCACCAUUCCAUUUGACUUUUAAAUGUGAGAAGCUAAGUGUAUAGAGUGUGAUUAGUUUACCAUUGCCUCCUAAACUUAGAAGUAUGUUAUCAUACAUUAAACAGCAGCAAUAUGUCAAUAGUGUAUAGUAGCUUGGAGAAAUUUUGGUCUCUACUAUGAACACUGGCAGGCCUGCUAAGUUGAACAUUUUUUUCUUGUUGGAGAAAUCCUACUUUUGGCAUUUUGUGAUGCAUGAAAUAUUGUUAAAGCCACAGCGUCAAUCAGAGAUCUGCAGAUGGUAUAGAGCAUAGUUUGCAAAUUCAACCACUGUGUCAAGGUCAAAAUAUGGUGAUGUGAUUGUUGCUGUUUUUAAGGUUUAAUUUCAUACAGUAGUCCAUUUUUAAAUUUGGAAGUUUGUGAGAAUGUUUCUGUGUUGCUGUGAAACAGAGUAGUGUGACAUGGACUUGCUCUGGCAAUAAAGACACACUUCAUUCAACUAAAUAAUUUCUCACCAUAAUGACUAAACAAAAAGGAAAUAUAAAAGAUUGUUGCUGCAGGUUGAUUUCAUUUUACUACUCAAAAGACUGUAAUAACAAUAAUUGCCACUGGAAUGCUGCUCUGACUCUUGAAAUGUACCCUAGGUCUGAAUGAUUCAAAAUGAAGAGUCUUUUUACUGAGUGCAUAAGACAAUUACAAAGGGUUAUUGAGAGAGCACAAUAAUAUGUCCUGAGAGAGUUCAUAGAAACAAAAAGAGAAAAUAACAUUUUGUUGAUAACA